UGCUCUUUGUUAGAUACGGUUCUUGAGCUAAGGCGUUGUGGUGUUUUACGGGCAGAUGUAAUCAUGUCGGCCUUUAAAACUAACUUUUUUGUGGUGGUUACACUUAUCGUGGUACGAAUCCAGGCCGCUCUAUGGUCGACCAUUUCCGAUUGCGACGAGACGUUCAACUAUUGGGAGCCGUUGCAUUAUUUACUGCGCGGUAAAGGAUUUCAAACAUGGGAGUACAGCCCGGAAUUUGCCUUGCGGUCCUACAGCUACCUAUGGCUACACGGUUUACCGGCCAAAAUUCUUGGCCUGGUAGUCGACAAUGGUGUAGUGAUCUUCUACUUCAUACGGUGUCUGCUGGCAGUUGUGUGUGCCUUGCUUGAAUAUCGCCUCUACAAGGUUUUAAAGCGAAAAUGUGCGGGCAUAGUAUGCAACAUGUGGUUGUUUCUCCAGCUAGUGAGUGCUGGAAUGUUCAUCUCCAGCACUGCCCUGUUGCCAAGCAGCUUUGCCAUGUACAUCACCCUAGCCACUGUUGCGGCGUGGUUGAACGAAGACUCGAAAACGGCAAUAGCACUAACAGCCCUUUCCGGUUUGAUUGGCUGGCCAUUUGCUGUGAUCGUCGCUGUCCCCUUCACACUGGAACAACUGUUGUGGAAAAGGCAGAUUGUGCCCUUCGUUAAACAUGCACUGUUUUAUGGUUGCCUGUUUGGUAUUCCUAUAGUGCUGAUCGACAGCCUUUACUUUGGAACAUUCACCGUAGCUGCAUUGAACAUAAUUCGCUACAACGUGUUCACCUCCCAUGGACCCGAUCUUUAUGGCGUAGAGCCUGCACUGUUUUAUGGGAAAAACCUGUUUCUCAACCAUAACAUCGCAUUUACGAUCAGUGUUACGUCUCCAGCGGUGGUAAUAUUAGCCGCAGCGGUUAGGGUAAAGAACUCGAAAAAUCGUCUUUCACCAAUCCAAGCGCUGUGGCUGAUGAUGCCACUAUAUCUGUGGCUGGCGGUGUUUGUGGUUCAACCUCAUAAAGAAGAAAGGUUUCUUUUCCCUGUCUAUCCAUUUUUUUCGCUGGGCACUUCAUUGCUUUUGGACCAAACGUUUUCCCACAUGAAACGAGUCUUCGGAGCAUCAAAGUCGUCAAUUGCAAACCGUACGAUGGGUUUCGUUGUACUCGCCACUGCACUGUGCCUAGGUGUGUCGCGCAUGUUGGCCAGUUCCAUGCACUACCACGCUCCGAUGGCAAUUCUGGACGGAUUGCCUCCAGCGAACGAUCAAGAAAUGAAUGUGUGCUACGGCAAAGAAUGGUACCGCUUUCCUGGCAGCUUUUUCCUCCCACCCAACUACCGUGCGCGCUUCAUCGAGUCCAGCUUCACCGGGAUGCUGCCGGCAUACUAUCAGGAAACGGAAAACGGAACACAAAUCGUGCACGAUUACUUCAACGAUCAGAACAGAGGUCAUCCGCACAUGCUGUUUGACCUGAACGAAUGCGAUUUUCUUGUGGAUUUGGAUACAGGCGCAUCCUACGAUGAGCAAAACAAGGAACCAAACUAUUCCGCAGAUAAAGAGACUUGGACCAUUGUGGAGAGUAUCAAGUUUGUGCUCGCUGCACGAUCUGAUAUGUUCGCCAGAGCUUACUACGUGCCUUCAUAUCCGUACAUUGUGUAUGGGAACUACAAUUUGUUGCAGCGGAUAAAGGUAAACUAAUCGCUGAUGCGAUGGUGGGACAUACUUGCCCGUUACGUUUAGAUUUUGAUACACAUUUAUAGUUUAUAGUUGAUUAACGAUUAAGAAAAGAAGUGUGAAAUCCUCAUAGAAUACACUUACAGGAGGUAGCUAUUGAUGUAAGGCAUGCGAGACGAUUCCUAAUAAUUCGUGGUAGUUUAUUCCCGGAUUUUCUGUCUCUAAAUUUAACUAUAUUAUCGCCACUCAGAGACUUUUCACGGCAAAAGAAUUUUGAAACAUCACCAAAGUAAUUCCAGACGAAAAUUUAUUAUAGCCGUAUUAAGUUCGAGGAUCAUACCAAGCGCCAUUCUCGAAACUCAAUUUGAACAUGACUUUUGAAAUUAGCUAGUGUUGGUUGUCCUAAUUGGGACAAAUAUUUGAAAAGUUUCAGGAUAUCUAAUAGCAACAGAGUAUAUUGUCUAUAUUUUAUUUAAAAAUGCAAAUAAAGUAUCCGGAGGA